AUGAGAUCCAACAAGAAACAUGGCACAGUACAUGCUGAUAAUCAAUCUAAGUUGUCAGUUGGAUAGAUUAUAGCUCAGAAAUUUAAACUGAUAGAUAAGGUUGGACAAGGGAGUUUUGGGAUGAUAUAUAAGACUGAGAAUUUGGAGACGGGAGAUAUCUUCGCUACAAAAUUUGAGAAGAGAGAGGAGAAUUCGAAUGGGAUGAGUCUGUUGGUGAGAGAAAUAAAAAAUUUGAAGAUCGUAUUUUAUGGGAGAGAUGAACAUUACAAUUACUUUAUGCAAACGUAUUUGGGUUAGAAUUUGGAACAUCUUCUGAAGCGGAGUAAUUAUAAGUUUAGUUUGACAACCGUGUGUAGGAUAGGAAUGAAUUUGAUUGAUAGAUUAAAAUUAUUGCAUUCUAAGAACUUGAUUCACAGGGAUUUGAAACCAGACAACAUGUGUAUAGGUUACGAGGACGUAGACCAAAUCUAUUUAAUUGAUUUUGGGUUGGCAAAGUAUUAUCGAGAUUAGAAUGGCAAUCAUAUACCUUAGACUGAGAAAAGAGGAAUAAUCGGAACAGCAAGAUAUGCCAGUUUGACUGCUCAUUUAGCAAAGGAAUAAUCACGUAGAGAUGAUAUCGAGAGUUUGGGAUACGUAUUGGUCUAUUUGGCAAAAGGGAAAUUACCAUGGAUGAAUUUGAAUACUUCCACAAAGUCUGAGAAGUAUCAGAAGAUUAAGGAGUUCAAACAACAAUUGACUUUGGAAAAGUUGUGCGAAGGAUUGCCAAAAUGUUUCUUGAAUUUAUUCAUUUAUGCACGUGGACUCGACUUUUAGGGUGAACCAGAUUAUGCAUUCCUGAAGGAACUGUUCUAGAAAUAAUUCCAAUAAGAAUUGUCAUCCUUGCAAACCUUGGCUACUCCAGAAUACGAAUGGGAGCGAUUUCCAGAGAUCAAGAAACGCAAGGCUAGAUUAUAGACUAAUCAACUCAAAUUAAAAAUGGAAAAACUUGUUUAACAAGGUGUAGAUUCUGAUGCUCGUAAAAGUAGUGAAGAUAAAGGUUAAGAUCACAAGGGAAGUUCAUUCUUGAAUUUACCAAUGAAAGAUUUAUAACUUGAUUCCUUAUCUCCUGAUAUCAAAAACAAACAGAGCAGAAAUGUCAGUUAAAAUAUUUCUAGUUUUGGAACUAGUCAAAUUAAUAAUUAUUAAAUAAGUUAGAUAGAUAAGCUUAAGAGAUUCCCUACUGACAGAAAAGACUAAAGAAAUAAUACAGCAGAUGUUUAGAAAAAAGACAGAGAGACUAGUCCAAACUAGAAGAUAUUUAUCAAAUAAACUACAACUAAAACAGAGAGGAAAAUGGCAUUUUUCGAGAUUGAUAAUGAUUAUAGAGAUUACGAUCACAUUGAUUAGAUUGCCAGUGAAGAGGUUAAUAUUGUAUUUUCCAACAUUAUACCUAAUCUUGGACGUCAUAAAUCUACAUUAGAUCUCUGA